AAGCUUUCAGGUUUUCCAGCAUGCACAUGGAAGUUCCAAGCGUGGUAGUUCCAACCUCUAAAUGCCGAGAAAGAGGGAGUUGGGCAGGGAGCAAAAACUAUAUAUAAGCUGGAAUAGAAACGGGGCAGCAGAGUUCUGGUCUUCGUCUUCUUCUUGCCAGGUCCCUCCCAGAACCACGCUUCCCAAGACCAGAUACAGUGGAACACCGUGAACAUGAAGACGCUCUGGGCAGCACUCGCGCUGAUCGCGCCUGUUCAGGCCGGCCUCCGCUUCCCCUGCUCGACCUUGACUAUCCAACGCCUCGACCCCGUCGUCCAGCCAGGCGCCAUCCCGGCGGCCCAUGUCCACCACAUCGUCGGCGGCAACGCCUUCAACGCUACCAUGGAAGGGGAUGUCGGUGAGAGAGCCACCUGCACAACCUGUCAGAUGUCUGAGGACUUCUCGAACUACUGGACCGCCCAUUUGUACUUCAAGCACCCCAACGGCUCCUAUCACCGCGUGCCUGUUCUUCCUGUUCAGCCCCUGCUGGGUGGCUCCCAGGGCGCUCAGGGUGGCUUGACCGUCUACUACACCCAGUUCGACCUGAUCAGAGAUAACCUCCAACAGCAGAAGGUCACGGCCUUCAAACCGGGUUUCCGCAUGACCGUGGGCAGCCCGACCGUGAGCGGCAAACCGCAAGUCGGCCUCCGUUACCAGUGCCUGCAGGGCCAGAACAGAGGUCCCGAGCUGGACAGCUUCCCCACCGGCCCAUGCUCGAGCGGCAUCUUCACCACCCACCAUUUCCCCGCCUGCUGGGACGGCAAGAACCUCGACAGCCCCGACCACCAGUCGCACAUGUACAACACGAUCCGCAGCGACGGCUUCCUCAACGCCCCCGCCUGCCCGGCCUCCCACCCGGUCCGCAUGCCCCAAGUCGCCUUCGAAACGGUCUGGGACACGGCCAAGUUCAACGGACUCUGGCAAUCGGGGCAGCCCAACCCCUUCGUGUGGAGCUUCGAGGGCACGGGGGGCGGGACGCACGCCGACUACAUGUUCGGGUGGAAGGGCGACUCGCUGCAGCGGGCGAUGGACAAGUCCGAGUGUUUCUACGACGGCUGCGGGUCGAUUACCAAGCAGGCCAUGGCGGUGGCGAACCAGUGCACCAUCAAGGAGACGGUGCGCGAGCAGACGGAUGGCUGGUUGAUCAAGCUUCCGGGUCGCGAAUGAGGUAGGUAUUCUGUACUUGGGAUCUGAUGUGGAUGGGUUGGAGGGAGCGUAUGGGGUGGCGUACUGAGAGUGACCUCCGUCUAUCCCGUCAUGUCCGUUAUAUUGUCCGAGCUGGGACUGAGUGUGAGUGGUAAGCUUGUUGGCAUAGGUACCUACUUGAGCUUCAUAUUUAGUAGCCACAACCUCAUGACUGCCUGAAUAACCUAGCCCUUAAGCUGUG